AUGGCCUCUCCUGGGGAACCCCCGCCGGAAGAUCUUGCAGCAAAAGAACCAGUGGAGGAUACAGACCCCAGCACCUUAUCUUUGGAAGAGGUAGAAAAAUAUCCUGUUCAAGAUACAGGGUCACCGAAAGAUGAGGAAUACCAAACAGAAAAAGUGACAUUGGAAAUAGCUUCCAUUAACAUUAGGAGCCUAACAUCGGACUCAGGCCUGAUACAACAGCCAGAAGAGGACGAUGAUAGCCAAGGUAGUACCAGUGGAUCACUCACAGCGCUGAAGAAAUCAUACACAGAAAAUGGCACCUGCUCCUUAUGUAUGUCUCGCCAACCAACCAUCAGUGAUUUGCUGAAUGAUGAGGACUUGUUGUAUAUGAUGAGGAUAAAGUUGGACCCGUCCCACCCCACGGUGAAAAACUGGAGAAACUUUGCAAACAAAUGGGGGAUGACCUAUGACGAAUUGUGCUUCCUGGAACAAAAGCAACAGAGCCCCACCUUGGAGUUUUUGCUACGGAACAGUGACAGGACUGUGGAGCAGCUGAUCAAUCUGUGUAAAUUGUACCAAAGAGCUGAUGUUGAAAAAAUGCUUCUGAAGUGGGUGGAGAAAGAAUGGCCAAAGAGAGGCCAUGGAGCCUAUCAGAAUAACUUCUAAACAAGGGAAAGAAAUGCCUGAUCCAUAU